AUGGCGUUCAAGACCAAAUACGGGUUAUACGAGUGGUUGGUUAUGCCUUUUGGUCUUACCAACACGCCUAGCACGUUUAUGAGGUUAAUGAAUUACGUAUUAAGGUCAUUUAUCGAUUUUGCGAAGACUUUCGAGAUCGAGUGCGAUGCCUCAGGUGUGGGAAUUGGUGUUGUUUUGACACAAGAGGGCCGACCUGUGGCUUAUUUUAGCAAGAAACUCAGCGGAGCCCAUAUCAAAGGCCAACAUAAAUUGAACCGCCGCUACGCGAAGUGGGUUGAAUAUCUUGAGUCGUUUCCAUAUGUCAUCAAGCACAAGAAAGGUAAAGAUAAUAUAGUGGCUGAUGCGCUCUCGAGAAGGUAUACCUUGUUAUCAUAUUUGGAUUCCAAAAUUCUAGGUUUUGCUUUAUUGAAAGAUACUUAUGCUAAUGACUCUGAUUUUGGUGAGAUCUACGUUAAUUGCGAAAACGGUGUUUUUGACACUUUUUAUAGGUACGAGGGCUUCAUUUUCAAGGAAGGUAAAUUAUGCAUUCCCUGUGGAUUUGUUCGAGACUUACUAGUGCACGAGGCACAUAGUGGCGGGCUUAUGGGCCAUUUCGGAGUCAAUAAGACGCUUGCCACUCUCCACGAACACUUCUAUUGGCCACAGAUGUGA